AUGAUGAAUUUUCUUUGUUGUAUCUCAGCAGGUUAUCUUUUUACACAAGAGGCUCAUCCUAAAGUGAAAAGUUCAAAGAAACAACAAACAGGUGUUAAUGUUAAUGGUCUUGCUGAUGGUGGUUUUAUAUUAGGUGGUGAUUUUGUAUUAGGUGGUAUAGGUCCUGGAUUAGCAAUCACAAACAUGGUAUAUAUUCAUUCUCUAUUUAGAGAAAAAACAACAGGUGUUAAUGUUAAUGAUCUUGCUGAUGGUAGUUUAAUAUUAGGUGGUGAUUUUGUAUUAGGUGGUAUAGGUCCUGGAUUAGGUGCAUUUUCAUUGACUGGUUUUGUUUAUUGA